CAGAACUCUGAGAUCGGGUCUCAAGGUUGCCCUUACAGCAUCACAUGGUUGCACAAACGACGUCAUGUUGGGCUCCAGGAACUCGACGCGGAUGUGGCUCGGCUUGUAAGUCAUCGCAACAUGUCCCGGACAAUUGUCGAUCAAGAGCAGAAUGUGUCGCUUCUGGCGCCGCAUCCGAUCAUUGAGCUUUCGCAUCCAUUUGGUCCACAGCUCUGCCAUCAUCCAGGCCUUAGCGUUGUUGCGGUAAUAAAGUGGUGGGUCGAUGUUUGCUGGAUACUCCUCAGAAUACGCGAGGCUUCUGCGAUUUCCCAAUGAACAUGAGAUCAAGCUUCUCUGUUCCAAUCGAGUUGCACGCCACAAGAGCAGAAAUGCGAAACUUGUCCCGUUUGGUUCCGCUCAUGUGUGUGGUGCACAGCGUGCGAUCCGGGGGCAAAGAUGGGAAGAAACUGGUCUCAUCCGCAUUCCAGAUGUUCUCGGGGGCGUAACGGGAGAGCCGGCCUUGCCGUGUCUGCGUCUCUCAGACAGACCAUGACUGCAAUUGAAAUCAGCACUGUUAGGGAAAAUGAAAAGAUGAACACACACUUUCUUGAA